GCGGCGGGACCUGGGGACACGCUGACGCCUCCCAGCGCGGCCGCGGGGCCCGGAGCGGCCGGAACAGCCCGCGCCCUGACCCCGGCCCGGCUCCCGCUCCGGGCUCAGCCGGCGGGCGGGCGAGCGCGGCGCGGCCCGGGCCGGGGGGAUGUCUCGACGGACGCGCGGUGAGGAGCUGGAUGAGCUGCAUUACCAGGACACGGAUUCAGACGUGCCGGAGCAGAGGGACAGCAAGUGUAAGGUCAAAUGGACUCACGAGGAGGAUGAGCAGCUGAGGACUCUGGUGAGGCAGUUCGGACAGCAAGACUGGAAGUUCCUGGCCAGCCACUUUCCUAACCGCACUGACCAGCAGUGCCAGUACCGGUGGCUGAGGGUCUUGAAUCCAGACCUCGUCAAGGGGCCAUGGACCAAAGAGGAAGACCAAAAGGUCAUCGAGCUGGUGAAGAAGUACGGCACGAAGCAGUGGACGCUGAUUGCCAAGCACCUGAAGGGCCGGCUGGGGAAGCAGUGCCGUGAGCGCUGGCACAACCACCUCAACCCUGAGGUGAAGAAGUCCUGCUGGACCGAGGAGGAGGACCGCAUCAUCUGUGAGGCCCACAAGGUGCUGGGCAACCGCUGGGCCGAGAUCGCCAAGAUGCUGCCGGGGCGGACAGACAAUGCUGUGAAGAAUCACUGGAACUCCACCAUCAAGAGGAAGGUGGACACGGGAGGCUUCCUGAGCGAGACCAAGGACUGCAAGCCCCCCGUGUACUUGCUGCUGGAGCUCGAGGACAAGGAUGGCCGUCAGCGUGCCCACCCUGCAGAGGGCCAGGGAGGUCUCGUGGCCGGCUGGCCCCCGGCGCCCCCCGCCAUGAAGGAGGAGGAGAGCAGCGAGGAGGAGGCCGUGGCAGCCGCCCCUUCCAAGGAGCAGGACCCUGUCCCUGCAGAGCUGGACGGAGUGCGAACGCCAGAGCCCUUGGAGGACUCCCCCAAGCGUGACGACCAGGAGGGCUCCCCGCCGGAAAUCAGCCUGCCCUACAAGUGGGUGGUGGAGGCCGCAAACCUCCUCAUCCCUGCCGUGGGGGCCAGCCUCUCUGAAGCCCUGGACUUGAUCGAGUCGGACCCUGACGCUUGGUGUGACCUGAGUAAAUUUGACCUCCCCGAGGAGUCGUCCACAGAGGGCAGCCUCACCACCAGUCCAGUGCAGCCCCAACCGUCACAGCAGCAGCAGGCCCCGCCAGCCCGCCAGCCUGCUGCCCCGGGGCCCAGCGUGACUGAGUACCGCCUGGACGGCCACACCAUCUCGGACCUGAGCCGGAGCAGCCGGGGCGAGCUGAUCCCCAUCUCCCCCAGCACUGAAGUGGGGGGCUCGGGCAUCGGCACGCCGCCCUCGGUGCUCAAGCGGCAGAAGAAGAGGCGUGUCGCCCUGUCCCCCGUCACAGAGAACAGCGCCAGCCUGUCCUUCCUGGACUCCUGCAACAGCCUCACCCCCAAGAGCACACCUGUCAAGACCUUGCCCUUCUCGCCCUCCCAGUUUCUGAACUUCUGGAACAAACAGGACACACUGGAGCUGGAGAGCCCCUCGCUGACAUCCACCCCCGUGUGCAGCCAGAAGGUGGUGGUCACCACGCCCCUGCACCGGGAUAAGACACCCCUGCACCAGAAACACGCCGCGUUUGUAACCCCAGAUCAGAAGUACUCCAUGGACAAUGCUCCCCACACGCCGACCCCCUUCAAGAAUGCCCUGGAGAAGUACGGACCACUAAAGCCCCUGCCCCAGACCCCACACCUGGAGGAGGACCUGAAGGAGGUGCUACGCUCCGAGGCCGGCCUUGAGCUCAUCGUCGAGGACGAAGUGAGGCCGGAGAAGCAGAAGAGGAAGGCUGGGCUGCGGCGGAGCCCCAUCAAGAAGGUCCGCAAGUCUCUGGCCCUUGACAUCGUGGACGAGGAUGUGAAGCUGAUGAUGUCCACACUGCCCAAGGCUCUGUCCUUGCCGACAAAUGUCCCAUCAAGCUCCUCCAGCCUCAUCCUGUCAGGCAUCAAAGAGGACAACAGCCUGCUCAACCAGGGCUUCCUGCAGGCCAAGCCCGAGAAGCCAGUGCCCGCCCUGAAGCCCAGAAGCCACUUUCCAGCACCCGCCCCUAUGACCAGCGCCUGGAAGACGGUGGCCUGCGGGGGGACCAGGGACCAGCUCUUCAUGCAGGAGAAAGCCCGGCAGCUCCUGGGCCGCUUGAAGCCCAGCCACACAUCGCGGACCCUCAUCUUGUCCUGAGGGGCUUGGUGGUCACGAGCCCAUUCUCAUGUUUACAGGGGGCUGGGGGACCGAGGGGGUCAGUGAAUUUGCGACUCACACUCAGGUGACCGCCUGCAGCGAGCCUUCUGCCGCCAGCCCCUCCCCAGACUGCUCAGGUGGAGACAGCAGGGCCACCCCUGCCCUGUCUCCAAGUCCGGCUGCGGGCGGUUCCUGGUGCUAACAGAACAAAGUCCCACCCUGGGCCUGCUCAGUGCUCUCCCCAGUGCCACAGGCAGCCCCAUUAGCUUCUCCCAUGCCUUGGGCAGGCCUGGCCCCAUCUCAGACCCCUGCUUAGGACGGGGGACGUGGCCAGCGUGCUCCUCCCCUCAACCUGUUGG